UUUGCUCAUCCCUGGUUUCACAGUUGUGCGCGAGAAGCCGAAUUGACGAGACGUGAAAAAAAUUUAUUGAGCGUGAGUGUAAUAAGUGCUGGCUGAGCUGCUUUUAUGAAAUUCUCUGCUAAUAGUGGUUUAAUUUACAAAUUUAUUAAAAUUGCAUAAGUGUACAGUUAUUCCCAAGGAUACUCAUUUAGUUCGUGCACGGAGCACUUAGACGGAUUGAAUUAGAUUCAUAUAAUACGAGUACAUUUGUGCACGUAUCCCCGUACAUACAUUUGUGUAGCGUACAUAUAGCAACAUACUAAUAUACAAAUGUCUGUGUAACAUAUUUGCAUAGACUGAACAUUCCAGACAUACUGCUCUCUUCUCCCGAAGGCGAGCGAAUAAAUAAUAACCACAACUACCAACAAGGAACAUCAACGGCAUCCUGCUCGUAUUGCGUGCGGGAGCAACGUCUAUAGGCACAUACCUAACCCACACAUCAGACACAUCCAGGAUGGGUCGGCUAAGACAUAUGCUGGCCGUCCUGCUGCUGGUAGCUGCUUUAGGCUCCACAAAUGCAGAGAGUAAAAUAAAUUCACCGCCUCGUAUUAUAAAACAACCCCCAACAGAUGAACUGCUUUUCAAGGUCGCAGUACAAAAUAAGGAAAGUGAUAAACCAUUCAUCAUUGAGUGUGAAGCUGAAGGAAAACCGGACCCAAGUUACCGAUGGAUCAAAAACGGCAAGAAAUUCGAUUGGCAAGCUUACGACAAUCGCAUGCUGCAACAACCCGGUCGCGGUACGCUUGUCAUCACAUCACCCAAGGAUGAAGAUAUGGGUCAGUACCAGUGUUUCGCUGAAAACGAAUUCGGUACAGCCACCUCGAACUCCGUGUUUGUACGCAAAGCCGAAUUGAAUGCAUUUAAGGAUGAAGUGGCGAAAACAAUCGAAACCAAUGAGGGUGAACCCUUCUCGCUUAGUUGCGAAGCACCCGAUGGUUGGCCCAAACCCAUUGUAAACUGGCUGAUACAGCAUUCCUUGGAAGGUACCAUUAAAUCGAUCAACAACUCACGUAUGACACUAGAUCCCGAGGGCACACUGUGGUUCUCGAAUGUGACACGUGAAGAUGCUUCGGAUGAUUUCUUCUAUGCCUGCUCGGCUACAUCAGUGUUCCGUAAUGAGUACAAAAUUGGCAAUAAAGUUUUAUUGGAUGUGAAACAGACCGGUAUCAGCGCUGCACUGAACAAACAACAACCCAAACGACAAUAUGUGACGCGUAAGAAUGAAGUGGCGUUGCGUGGCAAACGUGCCGAGCUUUAUUGUAUUUUCGGUGGCACACCACUUCCGCAAACCGUCUGGUCCAAAAAUGGUGCGCCCAUAGAGUGGAGUGAUAGAAUUACGCAAGGUCAUUACGGUAAGUCGCUGGUGAUCAGACAGGCGAAUUUCGAGGAUGAAGGUUCCUACACUUGCGAUGUUUCAAACGGUGUCGGUAAUGCACAAUCGUAUUCGAUCAAUCUGAAGAUUUUGGCCACACCUUACUUCACCAAAGAACCAGAGGUACAGAACGCGGCCGAAGAUGAAGAAGUCACAUUCGAAUGCGCAGCUGCUGGUAAUCCCGAGCCCACAAUUCAAUGGAUCCACAAUGGCAAACCGAUUGCACAAUCACCACCCAAUCCACGUCGUACGGUACAAAGUAAUCGUAUUAUCAUUCGCGAUCUUGUUAAGGCCGAUACUGGUAACUAUGGUUGUAACGCAACCAAUUCGCUUGGCUACGUCUAUAAAGAUGUGUACCUGAAUGUGCUGGCGCUGCCACCAGAGAUACAGGAAGCGCCACGUAAGGAAGCCACUGUCGAUGGUAAAAAUGUCACAUUACGUUGCCGCGUGUUCGGUGCGCCCAAACCCCAAGUGAAAUGGAUACAUAAUCAUCAAGAAUUGACUGGUGGACGUUACAACACUUUGCCAUCCGGUGACCUGGAAAUUCAAGAAGUUGCGUUUAGCGAUGAGGGUGACUACACUUGUUACGCGACCAAUAAAUUCGGUAGCAUAUCUGCGAAUGGCACAUUAUUGGUAAUGAAGCGCACAAGCAUUAUUCAUGAGCCACAGAAUUACGAAGUAGCUGCUGGCAAAUCGGCGACAUUCCGUUGUAAUGAAGAGCACGAUGAAAAACUUGAUCUAGUUAUUGAGUGGUGGAAGGAUGGUCAAGCUAUUGAUUUCGAAUCGGAGGCACGUUUCAUGAAGACCAACGACAAUUCACUGACCAUACCAAAGACCGUUGAAUUGGAUUCUGGCGAGUACACAUGCGUGGCACGCACCGAAUUGGACGAAGCAUCGGCUAAAGCCAAUCUUAUUGUGCAGGAUGUACCCAAUGCGCCACGUUUAGUCGGUAUUGUGUGUAUGGCUAAUAGGAUUAGAGUCACUUGGGAACCACAGGGUGACAAUCGCUCACCAAUUCUAUAUUACACCAUCGAAUUCAACACUUCGUUCACACCCGAUUCGUGGGAUAUCUCAUACGACAAAGUACCAUCCACCGAAACCGCAUUUGUGGUUGAUUUAACGCCUUGGUCCAACUACACGUUCCGUGUGAAAGCCUUCAACAAAAUUGGUCCAUCACCGCCAUCGGAUCACAGUGAGUUUUGUACCACACCACCAGAUGUGCCCUACAAGAAUCCAGAUAACGUACAAGGCAUGGGUACCGAACCAAAUAACUUGGUAAUUUCAUGGACUCCAAUGCCGGAGAUUGAUCAUAAUGCGCCAGACUUCCACUACCGUGUCUCUUGGAAACGUGAUAUACCAGCUGCGUCAUGGGAGAGUAAGGACAUAUAUGAUUGGCAGCAGAACAAUUUGGUAAUACCAGAUCAACCAACCUAUGUACCCUACCUAAUCAAAGUAGUUGCUAUAAAUAAACACGGCGAGGCGAAUGUUGCGCCUACAGAGGUUGUCGGUUAUUCGGGCGAAGAUCGUCCUUUGGAAGCUCCCACCAACUUCAGUAUGGUCCAAGUAACCGCUGCCACCACUGCCAUGUUGCGCUGGAAUCACGUUAGUCCCGAAUCGGUACGUGGUCGCUUCAAGGGUUACAAGAUUCAAACAUGGACCGAGAAGGAGGGUGAGGAAGCGCUACGCGAAAUACAUGUUGAUGCCAUCUCCGAUCAGGCGCUCGUAACACAAUUCAAACCCGAUUCGAAGAACUUUGCACGUGUGCUUGCCUACAAUGGACGCUUCAAUGGCCCACCCAGCGUAGUCAUCGACUUUGAUACGCCCGAAGGUGUACCAUCACCAGUGCAGUCAUUAGAUGCUUACCCGCUGGGCUCAUCCGCCUUCUGGUUGGUUUGGAAGAAACCAUUGCAACCAAAUGGUAAACUGACCGGCUACAAAAUCUAUUAUGAAGAGGUUAAGGGCAGCUAUGUAAGCGAGCGACGUGAACUCGAUCCGCAUAUUAAUGAUCCACUGAUAACGAGCGCAAAAUUAGCUGGUUUAAAGGCAAAUACGAAAUAUAGAAUUUCAAUAACGGCAACCACGAAAAUGGGCGAAGGAUCAGAACACUUCAUUGAGAAACGCACUCUGCCAGAAGACUCACAAAUGCCUGCUGUACCUGGAUUUAUCGUACAACAAUUGAAAUCCGAGAAUAAUAAUGCAAAAUACCGCGUUAAUUGGCAGCCGAGUACCGAAGGGCAUGCCGGCACACACUUCUACACACAAUACAGAAUCAAAGGCGAGCCAAACUUCAAAACAGAAAAACCCGAGUUCUCAAAAGAUUACCAAGAAAUCGGUGGUCUCAAUCCAGAUAAUGUGUAUGAAUUCCGUGUUGUAUCUGUCGAUGGUGAUCAUGAAACGCCCAGCGAAUUGCGUGAAAUCGUCAUUGACGGUCCCACCAAAGUGCCCAAUCAGAAUGUGGCGAAUGCUGGCUGGUUCAUUGGCAUGAUGCUGGCGCUGGCCUUCAUCAUACUACUGUUCAUUAUUAUUUGCAUCAUACGACGCAAUCGUGGUGGCAAAUACGAUGUGCAUGAUCGUGAAUUGGCGAACGGACGUCGCGACUAUCCGGAUGAAGGUGGAUUCCAUGAAUACUCACAACCAUUGGAUAAUAAGAGCGCUGGACAGCAAUCGGUUCAUUCGGCGAAACAGCCUGGUGUGGAAAGUGACACCGACUCGAUGGCCGAAUAUGGAGAUGGUGAUACAGCUCAAUUCACCGAGGAUGGUUCCUUCAUUGGUCAGUAUGUGCCGGGUAAGCUGCAACCGCCCGUCAGUCCACAGCCCAUAAACAACACGCCAGCAGCGCAUCAGUCACCAACCGCGCCGCCAGCGCCAACACAAGCCGCCACUUCCUCAAAUACACCUGCUGUGGCCACCUAUGUUUAGGACCAAAAGACGCAGCAGUAACAACAAAAUAUGCAGCAACAACAGCAACCGUAAAGGCAUAAUGGGAGUAGCCAAAGUGCAAGCGAAUGAAAUUGUAGAUCGGACGAGCAGCGAAAUUUUAAUGCGCGACGAGGCUAGAGGUGUAUAAUUUGUAGCGAUUUCAAUUAGGUAAGCGAGUUAUAAAGUGAAAUGACUUUGAUAAGCAAUGACCAAUUAUCAAAUGCUCAUUUUCACCCACGUGUUUGUAGUAGGAAUAGCGUUGAGUCGGAGUUUGUGUAUUGUCUUAAGUGAAAUUUAUAUGAUUGUUUAUUGUCGGAAAAUGUAAAAAGUGGUAAAUGAAAAUACGCUAAUCGAAGGGAGUAAGAAUAAAAUAUACGAUUUUUAAUGCAAGUAAUACGAAGGAAUACAGAAACGGCUUUUUAUGCUGAAGUGAAAGUAAUGCUUUACUAAGCAACUGAGUGGAAUUCGCAAAGCAAGAGUUUAAAUUUAAUUUUGCUUUGUCUAAUAACAUGGAUAUAAGUAUAUAUACAGUUUGUUAUGCUGCAUUUGUGGUCUUUGAAUAAAUGUUUGUGCUAAUGCGAUGUUUUAGCUAUUAUGUGUGAAAAUAUAUGUUAAAAUGAUUUAUAUAAAAGAUGUAAAAUUAUUUUAACAAAUUAUUGCGAUUGAGGAUUGCAUAUUAUUUAAAAUUUUUUUUUUUUAAUUUUUGAAAUUAUUUUUUCAAAUAUUUUAUCUUUAUAAAUUCCAUAUGUAAACAAAAAAUAAUAAUUUUUGGAAAUUCACAAGUGGAUAUAACCUCAUUUAUGCAUUUAACCUUGUCAUUUUAAAUAUAUAUAUUUUUUUUACCAAAAAAUGCAGCACUACAAGCAUUAUAUGUAUAAUAUUAAGCGGCGAAAGCAACAUUAGCAUUUAUUUACUAAAAAAAUAAGAAGAAAAAAUAAUACACCCACACCACACUAAAUCAAAUGUACUAUUUAUUAUUAAAUGUAUUGGUAAUUGUAGCUUGUUUAAGCCAAUAUUUGCGUUAGAUUGUUGUUAUUAAUAAUAAUAGCAGCUGUAGAUUAAACAAAAUACUAACAAACAAUUUUCAGUUCAAAUAAUUUACGCAAGUGCGAAAAUAUAAAAAAACGCUUCAAUAAAGCGUUUAAAGCCCCUUGUAUAUUUAAUUUCAAGCCAAAUAAUUAAAUAUUGCAUUUCGAAAAAGAAAAACAAAAAAAAAAAAACUUUAUUUGAGUUGCGUUGUAAAAAAUUAAAUUACUUUGGCAAGCCUUAUACGUUGAGCUUACAAGAAAAAACACAAAGAUUUGUGGAAAAUUAUUACCAUUUUGAUUUACGCAAAGCCUUUAGAUGUAAUAUAAGCCAGUAAGUACUAGUGUGUGUGAACUGUUACAUACAAAUUAAACGAAUCUCAAUGUGUGUAUGGUAAAAAAAAGAUAUAAAAAUAAAAUAUAUGAAAAAAAAUAUAUAUAUAUAAAAUUAAAAAUUAUAUAUAAAAAAAUAAAAAAAUUAUAUAUAAAAAAAUAAAAAAAUUAUAUAUAAAAAAUAAAAAAAUUAUAUAUGAAAAAAUUAAAAAUCCAAAGAAAUGUGCUAUGUGGUUGAAUUUUGGCGAAUUUCCACAUAUUUCAAAACAUUUUUUAAUACCACUACCGUCAUUUCAAUUCAAAACCAAACAAAACAGUAAGGGAACUUUGCUAGAUAUCAAAUUGAGCACACAUGCAAAAGCUUAUUGUUGUUGUGAAUAUCAUUUGCGCUGCCAGUGUUUGUAAUAUUAAACAUACGAAAUAGUCAUUUAUGCUAAAGUUCAAUAUAUGUAUGUAUGUGUAUGUCAAACAAUUUUCAUUAGUGUAAAAGUGUUGCUUUUUACACAUCGAAUAUAUAUACAUAUAUACAAACAUAAAUUUACAAAAUUAAAUAUCGAAUUGCUGUACACAAGUAAAGAAAUUUAGUUAAAGUUUAAUAUAAGCAUUUUGUUGCUUGAUUUCUUUAUAUAAUUGUAACAACAGUUUGCUGAAAAAUAUAAAAAACAUUUGUUUUAAAUUCCUUAACUGUUGACACAAUUAAAAUUCAGUUUUAUGUUCAAAAUGCCGUGUAAAAAAUAUACACCUCCAAAAUUUCUAACCAAAGAAGUUCUUUUCAGUCGAAAUUUUAAAAGUACAUACUCAAUAUGCUACUUUUCUGGAAGUGUGUAUAUAAAAAAAUGGCAUUGACGUAAAAUAUUAAAAAAAUUGAAUACGAUAGUAAAUUUACAAUUUUAAGUAAUAUUAAUCACUAAAAUACACUUCUUUUCAAUAUUUUUUAUUAUAGCAUAUAUUUUUCGAUUUCCUAAAUAAUUACAACAGUCUUGCAUUGCUGUCCUUAUGGCACUUAUCUCAGCUAUUAACACAAUGUAAUCAAUAAACAAAAAAUAUAUAUAUAAAUAUGUAUAUGUAAUAACAUGAAUAUUAAUUUAACAAAUGUUUUAUUGCUGUAAGGAAAAUAGGUUGAUGCAAUUUAGAUUUAAAUAAAUAUAUUUAUAAUUAAUUUUCAUUUUUUAACACGUCCAUAGUUUGUAAACACUAAAAGAGAAAAUGCAUUUUUUAACUUAAUAUAAAUACAUAUACAUAAGUAAAAAUGUAAAAUAUUUUCUUUUUUUUGUCUUUUUUUUUAAAUCAAAAAUAAUAGUUUAAGCUUGCUAGAAAAUUUGUAAAAAGCUGCUUGAAAUACAAAUAAACGAAAAUGCAACAAACUUUUUUACCGUUACAAACAAGCAGCAAUAAGUAGCAACUCAAUUCUCAAACAUAAUACAAAAAAUACAUUUGGUCAGCAAACUUUUAAUAGGCACUGUGCUCGCAUAGUGCUAACACACAUGCUGGAUUGCACUGUGAGUUAAUAAUUUAAUAAAAAAAUAGUUGAUUUUUAAAAAUAAAAAAUUUACACGUACAAUAUGAAAAAAAAAACGAAA